CGGCAAUGCAGAAGAGACUAUUCGUGACAUUUCCAAUUUCGAUAUCAAAACAAAGUUCCGGAAGCCGUUUAUUAGUAUUACCAAGGACCGACAGUCGAAGAGCAGCAGUCGGCAACAAGACUAUACGAAAUAUCGCAGGGUCCCACUAUACUACUACUAAUCGCUCCCAGUUCAUCCCACCAAUGUCAGAAGAGCCAGAUCACGCUGUGCGAGGCGGACGGGGCCAAGGAGGAGAUAAAAGGGGAAAUAGAAGCGGAGGUGGUAGAGGGGCAGGACGCAGAGCUGGUGCUGGUGCUGGUGGGAAAGGAGAGAUGAAUCGCGAAGUGGCAGUAUCUAAAGCUUUAUCGAAGCUCUUGAGGCAUGCUGCGGAGGAUGAGGGCCUAGCACUGGAUAACGAGGGAUUUGCGAGGCUUGAUCAAGUAAUGAAAUGGCCGCGUCUGAAAUCGCUGAAUGUCACAUUCGCUGAUAUCCGAACGGCGGUAACGGACAACGCCAAACAACGCUUCUCGAUGAAGCCCAACCCAGCUCUGGAAACCGCCCCCGAUCCAUCUUCCGAAGAGCCUUCAGAUUGGGUGAUCCGAGCCAAUCAAGGACACAGCAUUGCCGUAGAAUCAGCCGCGCUUCUCACUCCCAUCACUCGCGAAGCUGGUAACAUCCCGGAUGUCGUCGUCCAUGGUACAUACUUCGCUUUCUACCAACCGAUCCUUGAAACGGGGGGCCUCAAAAAGAUGACCAGGAAUCAUAUGCAUUUCAGCACGGGCCUGCCAGAGGAUAAACAGGGGGGUGUUAUCAGUGGGAUGAGAAGUGAUGCUGAACUUCUGAUAUAUGUGGAUAUCCAGAAGAGCAUGGAAGAUGGGAUUCUCUGGUGGCUUAGCGAGAACGGGGUGGUUUUGACUGAGGGGGAUGAGAAUGGGAUUUUGAGCUCGAAAUAUUUCAAAAAGGUGAUAGGGAGACGUCAGGAUGUUGGCGUCUUAUGGGAGGAUGGGAAGGCGGUUGGUGAGUUGCCGGAAAAUCUGCGGAAUAGAAAACCGCCGAUGGGGAAGGGCCCGAGAGCGUCGAAAGAAGGGAAGGGUAAAGGUGCGAACAAAGAAGGCCGAAAUAGUAAAGGGGUGGGAGCAAAGGUGCCAGAUGCUCUCGAAGAGGAUAAAGGAGGGGCCGAGCCGUGAUUCAUAUAGACUCGGCUUUUUUCAUCCAAUCUGUCUGAAGUCUAUUCUAGAUACGGCCUCCUCCGAAGCAAAAUAGUCUUACCAUGGAUUAUGGUAAUAACUGAGGCGGCAGGCCGAGUAGUACCCGAAAACAUUGGGAGGCCCAUAUCAAGAGAUCUAGCAGAUUUCCAGAUGUGACUACUCCAGACCUCAGACAACAAAUACCAAGAAAUUCCCAGGAAUCCAGUAAGACCUCAUUUCUAAACCCCCUGAAAUGCUCGUCAUCACCCUCCCUAACUCCAGACCUGAUAACGCACCCCUAUCCGAACAAGAACACUCUAAUCUCAUUAUUCGUAACCAAGCCCCAAACACUUCACGCCUGGGCUUUGAUAGCCUUUCCGGAAGUGUUACCAACCUCCGGGCUCUCCAUCGA